AUGGAGAAGCAUGCGUCUGUAGAAGGAGAUCAGAGAGAGUGGAGCAGGGGACAAAGGGGAUCAGUCACAUGCAGCUUAUCAAAACCCACUAUAAUCCUCUUGUUCUCCUUCUUGGCCCUCCUAAUCCUGGCCGUCGUUUUGAUCAUCAUCUUGGCCGUCAAACCCAAGAAGCCCUCCUUCGAUCUCCAACAGGUCGGCGUCCAGUACAUGGGCAUCAACAUGCCCACUCUCUCCACCGCCUCCGCCCCAGAAACCAACCCCUCAACGAACCCCACCACCUCCGCCUACCUUUCACUCAACAUACGGAUGCUCUUCACGGCGGUGAAUCCCAACAGGGUCGGUAUCAAGUACGGCGAGUCCAGGUUCACCGUCAUGUAUCGUGGGAUCCCGUUGGGAAAAGCUUCGGUUCCCGGGUUCUUCCAGGAGGCCCACAGUGUCAGAAAGGUGGAGGCCACCAUCGCCGUUGACCGUGUCAACCUGCUCCAAGCCGACGCUGCCGAUUUAGUCAGGGACGCUUCCUUGAACGACCGCGUCGAGCUCAGGGUCUUGGGUGACGUCGGCGCUAAGAUCCGCGUCUUGAACUUCGAUUCCCCCGGUGUUCAGCACGAAGCUUCCCCCGAGAACAACACCUCCUCCACCUUCGGAUUCUUCCAGAUCAUCAACCAUGGCUUCAGAGCUGGGUUUGAGGUCGGAGAGGGUCUCGGGUGGGUGAACGAAGAAGCUGGGGAUGGUGGUUAUGCCGGAGUCGAAUCUGGUCCCUGCCGCCCUGUUAUUAUCGACCGAAUCAGACGUGCCACCUCCACCUUCGGAUUCAUAGCAGCCGUGGAGGCACAAUACUACCGGCAGAGAUCUAGGCCGGCCAGAGAAAAAAAAAAAAAAAAAAAAUUAUUCCACGGCUAGAAAGGACAGAAUCCGGCCGUGUCGGAAAGCUCGAGAGAUUCUCCCUUUAUGUUGCUCGGCAAAUGGGAUUUUCAGAUGCAAAUGAAUGUCCCCAACUAUGCAAGUUGGCUGACUAUUAUUUGAAAAAUCCCAAAGAGUGCGAGAGCAUCUAUGCAUUUUUCGCGAAUGAACCAGACGCUAAGUCCCUCUACGUGAAGUUGAUUGAGGAGUUUGAGAAAUGCAUCCUCAGCUAUUUUGCGUUCCACUGGGGUCAUGCUUCUCUUAUGAUCGGUCAGGUUUUGAGCGUCGAAUCCGAGCACAAAACAAAG